AUGCUACGCUCAUGUUCAACGCUGCUUCGAGCCUGGACCACCAGUGCUUACAUGCAGAACGUGGUAGCUGGGGUCGGUAUCGCGUUCUCGGCUGGUGUCUUUGUCUCCUUGAAUCUUCUGGGUGCUGGAGGGGGAAGACCUGAAUCUGCUGAUGUCAUUCAGACCGCCAAUGCGAUUUUGUCAUCGGUAUGGUUCUUGUCAGCAUGCUUUGGCGGAACAUACCUCAACAUUUUUGGCCCUGGAGUCACGAUGUGCUUUGGGAUUUGCACGUAUGCAAUGUACGUUGGCGCUCUGUGGUACUAUGAAGUGACAGGUCAAGCCGCUUUCCCCCUUUUCGGCGGUGCCAUCAUUGGCGUUGGUGCUGGUGCUGUUUUCAUCACAUCAGGUUAUAUCCAGGUGGCUUACUCCAACGACCAAAACAAGGGCCAGUUCAUCGCCAUCCAAAACACGCUACAGGCUGGAGGUUCCAUUGUCUGCAGUAUACUGCCCGUUAUUCUGAACCGAAACAAUAUCCAGCGUGGGGGAGUUCCAGCGGCAAUUUACGCCACGUACAUAGCCCUAAUGUUGGUGGUGGCGCUGUUGUCUUUGGUUAUACUCCGUCGACCUGACGAGGUAAAGGACGAUACAAGCAGCAAAGCCAUUGUGAUCGAGAGAAAGAGCGUUGCGUCUGAGCUCCUCUCCAACUUGACUGUCUUUUCGGAUUGGAAACUUCUGGUCAUGCUACCAGCUUUUCUUCCGGCAGGAUCAUUUCUGAUCUAUCUUGGUUCCGUGAACGCAUUUGAAAAUAGUUUGCGGGCACGUUCACUCUUGUCGUUCAUUGCCCUUAUUGUCCAGAUUCCAGUUGGGCAUAUUCUUCACCUCAUUCUCGACAAUCAUGGAUGGACCAAGCCUAGACGCGCAUUGUUUGGGCUAGGCUUUGUUGCCCUUCCACUGUCCGUCGCUUGGGUUUGGGAAAUCGUUCGAACGAGAGAUUUCAAUCGCUCAUUUCCACCGGAGAAUCCCGUCGACUGGACCGAGGCACGCUAUGGUCCUGCCAUGGUCCUCUUUGUACUGAACUGGACGGCAUCCGUUCUGUGGCAGUAUAUUGUUCCGUGGUUUAUUGGAAACCUCGAUAUACCUCAAGACAAGAUCAGUCACUACAUGGGCGUCCAGCGUGGCUUUCUGGCUGCCGGAGAGGCCAUUUGCUUUGGCGUGGAUGCAGCAAAGAUUUCCUAUGUUGCUUUUGCCAGUGCCAUUUUCGCAUUAUAUGCUGUUGGUAUCGCAGUUCUCGUGUACAUGGGCGCGUCGCAGUUGGUUGAGUCUUCCUCGAGACAAUUAGAUGUUGAGGCCCGUGAAGGGAGUGAAGUCGGUGUUGACCAUGCAAGGGAUGAGAAAGGCGGCCCGUCAUCAUCCGCUAGUGAUCGUUUCACCAGCAUAGACGGUUGA